UGCCCCGCGCCGCCGCCGCCGCCGUGGGUGCGGGUGCGGGCCGCUCGCCGCCGCGCUGCUCUGCGUCCCCCCCCGCCCCGGCCCGCCCGCCCUGCCUGCGGCCGCCAUGGGCUCCCUGCUCAGCCGGCGCAUCGCGGGCGUGGAGGACAUCGACAUCCAGGCCAACUCGGCCUACCGCUACCCGCCCAAGUCCGGAAACUACUUUGCAAGUCACUUCUUUAUGGGCGGCGAGAAGUUUGACACCCCUCACCCCGAGGGCUACCUUUUUGGCGAGAACAUGGAUCUAAACUUCCUCGGGAAUAGACCUGUUCAGUUUCCCUAUGUAACUCCAGCUCCACAUGAGCCAGUGAAGACACUGAGAAGUUUGGUGAAUAUCCGCAAAGACUCUCUCCGACUUGUGAGGUAUAAAGAUGAUGUUGACAGUCCUACUGAGGAGAACGGGAAGCAGAAAGUCCUGUACAGCCUGGAGUUCACAUUUGAUGCGGAUGCCCGUGUUGCCAUCACAAUCUACUGCCAGGCUACAGAAGAGUUUGUUGGUGGUAUGGCGGUAUACAGCACAAAGAAUCCCUCUCUGCAGUCGGAGACAGUUCAUUACAAGAGAGGGGUAAGCCAGCAAUUCUCCCUGCCUUCCUUCAAGAUUGAUUUCUCAGACUGGAAGGAUGAUGAGCUGAACUUUGACUUGGAUCGUGGCGUGUUCCCUGUGGUCAUCCGAGCGGUGGUGGACGAAGGGGAUGUGGUGGUUGAGGUGACGGGUCAUGCCCACGUUCUUCUGGCUGCAUUUGAAAAGCACGUUGAUGGCAGUUUUUCCGUGAAGCCAUUAAAACAGAAGCAGAUCGUUGACCGGGUGAGCUAUCUGCUUCAGGAGAUCUACGGCAUCGAGAACAAAAACAACCAAGAGACCAAGCCUUCAGAUGACGAGAACAGUGACAACAGCAACGAGUGUGUGGUUUGCCUGUCGGACCUCCGUGACACCCUCAUUCUGCCCUGCAGACACCUCUGUCUGUGCAAUUCCUGCGCUGACACCCUGCGCUACCAGGCCAACAACUGUCCCAUCUGCAGGCUGCCCUUCCGCGCCCUGCUGCAGAUCCGAGCUGUGAGGAAGAAGCCGGGGGCUCUCUCACCGGUGUCGUUCAGCCCUGUCUUGGCACAGAGCGUUGACCAUGACGAGCACUCUUGUCCCUUUAAACCCCUUAAAGCGAGCACUGUCUCCCUGCCCAGCAGGAAACCUAGAAGGGAAAGAAGCUCUGACAACAUCCCUCCAGGCUAUGAGCCCAUUUCCUUGCUGGAAGCACUGAACGGUCUUCGCUCUGUUUCCCCCUCCAUCCCGUCAGCUCCUCUGUAUGAUGAAAUCAACUACUCCGGCGUGGUGGAUGGAAUGCCACCUGCGAGCCGACCGCUUGUGGGGAUGGACAGAGCCGUGGAGAGCAGCCACCAAAAGGGCAAGCGGAGCAAGUCCCCGGAUAGCACACUACGGUCUCCCUCGUCCCCAAUCCAUGAGGAGGAUGAAGAGAAGCUCUCCGAGGACUCCGACUCGCAGCCAGCACUGAGCGGGGGUGAGCUGGUCCUGAGAGAGACCAGCUCUCCAGAAAGCCUGGCAGGGGAAGAGAUCGAGGAGGCCUCGUCCCUGCAGCAGGGUAGCCGCCCACCCUCCGUCGAAGACGUCCUGCAGGACAGCAGCUGCGGUGAGCACAGGAGCCUGACGCAGUCGGAGAGCGACCCUCCGGUAGAUGUCUUCCUGCCAGAGUCGCAGUCUGUUCUGAGUACCUCUCUAAUGUCUCCUUCCCUCUCUGUCUGCCUUCCUCCCUCCUGUCUUGGGCAGCACUGGGUCCUGAUUCCUGCUCUAUUGGUAUAGAGGAGUAACGUGGCUCGUCUGACUUCACCAAGACGCUCCCCGGACGCGGCACCGGCAGCCCCACGCAGCCCCUUCUCUUCGAGCAGAUGCGUCUUCACCUGGAAGAUGAGCAGAGCCUCUCGUGAGCGAGGCCGGACCACCCUGCCCCUGCCGCUGGAACCCCCGGACCCCACGCACAGCCUCUCCCCCCCCACCUCCGCAGCGGGCUUGGCUCGUGUUCACCGCCCCAGGGACGCAGCGUGGGGCGCGUUUGCGCCCGCACGGGUUUUGGCACAGCCCGGCUUUUUUUUAAAAGACGUGAAUGUUUCCUGGCGGUGGGUAGGGGCUGGCGUCGUGUUUUUACGUGGGAGGAUGUGGGGGGGGGGGGGGGCUGGGGGGUUUGGGGUUAAAAUCAGCAAAUGAA